AAAAUUUCGCAAGUCUGAGUGAGGAACAAGCCAGUGAGUAAUAACGAUAAUGAUAAGUAAUUAAGUAACCAGUGACUCCUAACUGACCCAACUAAACCGGAAUGUUAUCUUCUUCGAUUUUUUUUCCCCGGUUCGUUGGGUUAAUCAUAGCGGCACAUAAAGGACAAGCACAAUUACCAAAAGCCAUAAAGUGGUGCUGCUUAGAUAGAAAGACACAGAGAGAGAGAGACACAGAGGAGAAGGAGAUGGGUUAGGACGAGAAAAGAGAGGGUUUGGUUUCUUUCUUUCUUUCUUCAACGACGUUGUUGCUCUCUCAAGGGGGCGUGGUUUGAUUUGGUACUUUUGGUUGCCUCACCAAAAGCAAUCUCAUCAGUGUUGACGACGGUUGCACGACGCACGAGAACACCACACUUCCUUGUGCAACCCCUUUCACUGUAAAAAGCUAUCCCCAUCGUCAUCCUCAUCGUCAUCGUCUUCAAGGAAGCUCUAACCGAGGAACAAGAACAGCAGAAUCAAACCAGAAUCCUGCUGUUCACUUCCUCUUGAAAAGCUGGGAGAGCUAAAGCACAGCGAGGCUGAGUCUGGAUCCUCAAAGCAACCACCGUCAUCACUUUUACCGCCUCCACCAUCAUUUCCCUCAUCAAAACUCGCUUCUGAAUUCCAGGCAUGUAGAGCGAGAAGACGACGAGGAUAAGGAUUCUUCAGUUUCUCCGUCUGCUAAAGAUCCGGCUCUUCAUUUCCAUCUGCAAUAUCUGCAGCAAAACCACUCUUAUGCAGGUUUAGAUACAGAACAUAGCUCUCUUCAUCCUCCGAAGAAACGGUCAUAUCUCCUUCCUGCUCCGCCUCCGCCUUCGCAUCCUUCUUCUUCCGUCACUACUACUGUCGAAUAUGCGACAAAGAUGGGGGAGAGUACCAAUCGUCAUCACCAGCGACCACCAGCGACGUCGUCGAGAUUGGCGGUGAGGGGUGGAGUGGGAGAGAUCGUGGAGGUUCAAGGAGGCCACAUUGUUCGCUCUACCGGACGCAAGGACCGUCACAGCAAGGUCUGUACAGCAAAGGGACCCAGGGAUCGGCGGGUUCGUCUCUCCGCUCAUACUGCCAUUCAAUUCUACGACGUUCAAGACCGCCUCGGCUACGACCGCCCAAGCAAAGCCGUCGAUUGGCUCAUUAAGAAUGCUAAAGCUGCCAUAGAUGAGCUUGCCAAGCUUCCCGCAUGGAACCCCAAUACUUUAAAUCAAAAUGCCCAGCAAGAGCAGGAGGGACAGCAGAAUCAGGUGAACGAGAAUGUAAACGAAAACGAGAAUACGAUUGCAGUUCACCGUGCGGCGGCGGCGGCGGCGGAUACGAUGGCUUCUGGUAGCCGGGAAACAAGUACGCCGGCAGGAAACGGCUGUCGAAUUUUGGAGCAAUUGGGCGAAAACCCUAAUCGUGGGGGGUCGGGUUUCCUGCCGCAGCCGAUGGACACUGGCAUUGCUGACUCUAUCAAGUCCUUCUUCCCGACUGCGGCGACGGCGCCGGAGACAAAUUCUUCGUCGGUUCAGUUUCAGAAUUAUCCACCAGAUUUGCUUUCGCGAACUAGUAGUGCCUGCCAAAACCAGGAUCUAAGGCUCUCGCUCCAGUCGUUCCAGGACCCGAUUCUGCUUCACCAAGCUCAAGCUCAGGCUCAGCACCACCAUCAACAUCAACAAAACGAGCAACUAUUCUCUGCAACGACUCCACUGGGAUUCGAUGGGGCUUCUUUCCCAGAGGAACAUGGUCGAUUGCAUCGAAUGGUGGCUUGGAAUGGUGCUGCUGCUGAUACUGGCAACAGUGGCCACGGCGGAGGAGGAGGAUUUCUCUUCAACUCGCCGUCACUGAUGCAAACUCCGUUGCCGCCGAUGUUCGGCCAGAGCCAGUAUCUUACUCAGAGGGGACCCCUUCAGUCCAGUAACAAUCCUUCGAUUCGUGCUUGGAUAGACUCUUCCACGACUGAUCACCACCACCACUAUCUUCCACAGACAAUCCAUCACCAGUCUUAUAUCUCCGGCGGCAUCGGAUUUGAUUCCACUAGCUUCUCCGGUUUCCGCAUCCCAGCACGAAUCCAGGGUGAAGAGGAGCAUGACGGCGUUUCUGACAAGCCGUCCUCUGCUUCCUCUGAUUCUUGCCAUUGAACGCAUCAGAAUCCCGAACUUUCCUCUCCUUUAAGGAUUCAUGGUCGCACUCAAGAUGAUUGAAUACUUGCAGUUUCAUCGAGAACUACGAACGGAAUUUUCAGGGAAUCGAGAUUGAAGAAGCAUCAUAAGUACAAGGAGUUGGAUUCGGGUUUCAGUCACUGAUUCAAUGGCGUGUUUAUGCCGUGGGAAAGAAGAAAAUCUGGGUCGAAUUUUCCAGGUUUCCUAAUCCCCGGUUUUGUAUGUGAUCUUUCCAGUUAAUUUUGUUUUGGCCUGUGUUUGACCAGAGACUAUUUUCAUUAUGCGUCUUUUUUUUCAUAAUUGCUGGAUCACUGUGUUACCCCUUUGCCACUUUGAAGUGACUACCUAAAAUACACAGUUUUAACCAUUACUGUGCUCGAAUCGAUUGUUGCAAGUGAUGUUUCAAAGUACUGAA